UGUGUGGGGCUAGGGGCCCCGGGGGCGGCGGGGGCUCCCGGCGGGGGGCGGCGGGGGGUCGGGAGGGCCUGGACAUGGCGCUGAGGGGCCGCCCCGCGGGAAGAUGAAUAAGGGCUGGCUGGAGCUGGAGAGCGACCCUGGCCUCUUCACCCUCCUGGUGGAAGAUUUCGGUGUCAAAGGGGUGCAGGUGGAGGAGAUCUAUGACCUUCAGAGCAAAUGCCAGGGCCCCGUGUAUGGAUUCAUCUUCCUGUUCAAAUGGAUCGAAGAGCGCCGAUCCCGUCGCAAGGUCUCUACCUUGGUGGAUGAUACAUCUGUGAUUGAUGAUGAUAUUGUGAAUAACAUGUUCUUUGCCCACCAGCUGAUCCCCAACUCUUGUGCCACUCAUGCCCUGCUGAGCGUGCUCCUCAACUGCAGCAAUGUGGACCUGGGGCCCACCCUGAGUCGCAUGAAGGACUUCACCAAAGGCUUCAGCCCUGAGAGCAAAGGAUAUGCGAUUGGCAAUGCUCCAGAGUUGGCCAAGGCACAUAAUAGCCAUGCCAGGCCUGAGCCACGCCAUCUCCCCGAGAAGCAGAAUGGCCUUAGUGCCGUGCGGACCAUGGAGGCAUUCCACUUUGUCAGCUAUGUGCCUAUCACAGGCCGGCUUUUUGAGCUGGAUGGGCUGAAGGUUUACCCCAUUGACCAUGGGCCUUGGGGGGAGGAUGAGGAGUGGACAGACAAGGCCCGGAGGGUCAUCAUGGAGCGUAUCGGCCUCGCCACUGCAGGGGAGCCCUACCAUGACAUCCGCUUCAACCUGAUGGCGGUGGUGCCCGACCGCAGGAUCAAGUAUGAGGCCAGGCUGCACGUGCUGAAGGUGAACCGUCAGACAGUACUGGAGGCCCUGCAGCAGCUGAUUAGGGUAACGCAGCCAGAGCUGAUUCAGACCCACAAGUCUCAAGAGUCACAGUUGCCUGAAGAGACCAAACCAGUCUGCAGCAAGUCCCCUCUGGCCCUGGAGACAAGCAGGGCCCCAGUGGCCUCUGAGGGCACCCACACAGAUGGUGCGGAGGAGGUGGCUGGUUCGUGCCCACAAGCCCCGACCCACAGCCCUCCCAGCAAACCCAAGCUGGUGGUGAAGCCUCCAGGGAGCAGCAUCAAUGGGGUUCCCCCAAACCCCACUCCUAUCGUCCAGCGGCUGCCAGCCUUUCUGGACAAUCACAACUAUGCCAAGUCCCCCAUGCAGGAGGAGGAAGACCUGGCAGCAGGUGUGGGCCGCAGCCGAGUUCCAGUCCGCCCACCCCAGCAGUACUCAGACGAUGAGGACGACUACGAGGAUGACGAGGAGGAUGACGUGCAGAACACCAACUCCGCCAUCAGGUAUAAGCGAAAGGGGCCGGGGAAACCGGGGCCAUUGAGUGGCUCUGGGGAUGGGCAGCUGUCGGUGCUGCAGCCCAACACCAUCAACGUCUUGGCUGAGAAGCUCAAAGAGUCCCAGAAAGACCUCUCAAUUCCUCUGUCCAUCAAGACGAGCAGUGGGGCCGGGAGUCCGGCUGUGGCAGUGCCCACGCACUCACAGCCCUCGCCCACCCCCAGCAAUGAGAGCACUGACACAGCCUCUGAGAUCGGCAGCGCUUUCAAUUCGCCACUACGCUCGCCUAUCCGCUCCGCCAACCCCACGCGGCCCUCUAGCCCCGUCACCUCCCACAUCUCCAAGGUGCUUUUUGGAGAGGAUGACAGCCUGCUGCGUGUUGACUGCAUACGCUACAAUCGUGCUGUACGCGACCUGGGUCCUGUCAUCAGCACGGGCCUGCUGCACCUGGCUGAGGACGGUGUGCUGAGUCCCCUGGCACUGACAGAGAGUGGGAAGGGUUCCUCACCUUCUAUCAGACCGAGCCAAGGCAGCCAGGGGUCUGGUAGCCCAGAGGAGAAAGAGGUGGUGGAGGCUGUGGACAGCAGAGAGAAGCCUGGGCUGGUCAGGCCUAGUGAGCCCUUGAGCGGGGAGAAGUACUCACCCAAGGAGCUGCUGGCACUGCUGAAGUGUGUGGAGGCUGAGAUUGCAAACUAUGAGGCCUGCCUCAAGGAAGAGGUGGAGAAGAGGAAGAAGUUCAAGGUGGGCCCUCUCUCCAGCUGCCUGGUCCUCUGCCCGCCUGUCUUCCCAGAGAUCGACGACCAGAGAAGAACCCACAACUACGAUGAGUUCAUCUGCACCUUCAUCUCCAUGCUGGCUCAGGAAGGCAUGCUGGCCAACCUGGUGGAGCAGAACAUCUCGGUGCGGCGGCGCCAGGGGGUCAGCAUUGGCCGACUCCACAAGCAGCGGAAGCCUGACCGGCGGAAACGCUCACGCCCCUACAAGGCCAAGCGCCAGUGAGGACUGCUGGCCCUGACCCUGCCGCUCACUCUUGCCACACAGCCCUCACCAGGGCCCUCCCCUGGCCCACUCCCCCUCUUCCCAGUAUUACCGAAUAGUUCCAGUCAGAGAGCCCAGACCCUGGGAAUAGGAGCCAGGCCAGGAUUCUCUGCACAGUGCCCUAGUGCCUGCCAGGGCAGGGCUGCCCCGUCAUGCUCUGGAAGCAGGAGCUGGGGCACAGGGAGGUGCUGCAGCUUCCUCCACAGCCGGCUGUGGAGCGGCAGGACCUGGCCUUUCUGCCUGGGCAGCAGAAUAUAUAUUUUACCUACAGAGACGUCUAUUUUUCUGGGCUCUAACCCAUCUUGCCACCACUGUGUUGACAUAGUCAGCUUCCUGACUCUGAGUUCUCUCCUAACAGCUGUCAUCCUGGAGGGCCAGGGUCACUCCUGCAGGGUCACAGCUGGGGGCCCUGCUGCUCUGGCCCCAGUUGUCCCUGUUGCAAGGAAGCCAGGUCUGCUCUUCAUUCCUCCUGGGAGAGCUCCAAACUCAGGGACCUGGCUGCUGGGCUAGACUGGGAGUGGGGUGUUCCAGCGGGGGUGGGGUGAGCAGCCUGCUUGGGUCCCAUGGCCUGAGCAGAGAGAAGUGUUUGAGCUGUUUG